GUCAUGUUGAGCUGACUGUUUUACAAACCCGUGCUGAUCUGUCUGCACUUGUUUAGCUGCAGUGAUGUCAGAGGAGCGAGGAAAGGACUCUCUCUCUAAGAUGAGUCUCUCAGAGAAACAGAGGGAAAGAUCAGGCUCACCUGACUCCAGCUUGGUGUCUAUGAAGAGUGACCAUUCAAAAGAUGGUAGACCGCCAAGCUUCAGUGAGAAAACAACAUCUACCAAAAGAUCAGGCUCACCUGACUCCAGCUUGGUGUCUAUGAGGAGUGACCAUUCAAAAGAUGGUAGACCGCCAAGCUUCAGUGAGAAAACAACAUCUACCAAAAGAUCAGGCUCACCUGACUCCAGCUUGGUGUCUAUGAGGAGUGACCAUUCAAAAGAUGGUAGACCGCCAAGCUUCAGUGAGAAAACAACAUCUACCAAAAGGGAAAGAUCAGGCUCAUCUGUGUCCAGCUUGAUGUCUAUGAAGAGUGACCAUUCAAAAGAUGGUAGACCGCCAAGCUUCAGUGAGAAAACAACAUCUACCAAAAGGGAAAGAUCAGGCUCACCUGAGUCCAGCUUGGUGUCUAUGAAGAGUGACCAUUCAAAAGAUGGUAGACCGCCAAGCUUCAGUGAGAAAACAACAUCUACCAAAAGGGAAAGAUCAGGCUCACCUGAGUCCAGCUUGGUGUCUAUGAAGAGUGACCAUUCAAAAGAUGGUAGACCGCCAAGCUUCAGUGAGAAAACAACAUCUACCAAAAGUAACAAAGGACAAAAGACCACAGUAAAUAUCGGUGCAGAAAUUGGACGGUGGAAAUUUCUAAAGGAUCAAAAGGGAAUGAGCAGUGAUGUGGAACUCGCAUCUUUUCUUCUCAACAGGAUUCAGUAUGAGAAAAAAACAGAAUUUCUGAGUUACCGCUUCAAGAAUUUCAGAGAGAAUCUCAUCUGGGUCUUUCAGGACCUUGAGAACAAAAUAAUUGUAUUCCUAAAGAAUGAGCUGGAAAAGUUUAAGAAAAUACUAAAAAAGGAGAACACCGAAUACUUUGUGCAGGACUAUAUAGACGAGAUGUGUAGCAUCAAAGAAGCAGCUCUUGAUAUCACACUGCACUUCCUAAAAAGUAUGAAGCAAGAUGAACUUGCAGAUACUCUAAAAGAUGAGCUUGUCCUUAUUCAUCAACGACAACUUAAAUCGAACCUGAAGAAGAAGUAUCAAUGUGUGUCUGAAGGAAUUGCAAACCAAGGUGACUCCACACUUCUGAAUAGCAUCUACACAGAUCUCUACAUCACUCAGGGUGGCAGUGAACAGGUCAAUUCUGAACAUGAGGUCAGACAGAUUGAGAUUUCCAAGCGUGCUGAAUCACAAGAGAUACCGAUUGAAUGCACAAAUUUGUUUGAAUCACCUGAAGAGGGCAAGAAGAUCAGAACUGUACUGACAAAAGGAGUUGCUGGCAUCGGUAAAUCAGUCUCGGUGCAAAAGUUUAUUCUGGAUUGGGCCGAAGGAAAAGAAAAUCAAGAUAUCAGCUUCAUAUUUCCUCUUCCAUUCAGAGAGAUGAACUUAAAGGAGAAGGAAAAACCAAGCUUGAUGAACCUUGUUAGUCAGUUUUUCCCAGAGAUAAAAGGACUGAACCUUACAAGAGAUGAUAAAUUUAAUGUCCUGUUCAUUCUUGAUGGAUUGGAUGAAUGUCGCCUUCCUUUAAACUUUAAGGACAAUGAGACGUGGCAUGAUAUAUCGUCACCAGCCUCUCUGGAUGUUCUCCUAACGAACCUCAUCAGGGGGAAUCUGCUUCCUUCUGCUCUCGUCUGGAUCACCAGCAGACCAGCAGCUGCCAGUAAGAUUCCUCCUUACUGUAUCGACCGCGUGACAGAGGUCAGAGGGUUCAAUGAUGAACAAAAGCAAGAGUACUUCAGAAAAAGAUUCACUGAUGAGGAAAUAGCCAACAGAAUCAUUGAUCACGUUAAAAAAUCAAAGAGUCUCUUCAUCAUGUGCCACAUCCCAGUCUUCUGCUGGAUUUCAGCCACUGUUCUCCAGAACAUUCUGCAGGAGAAACAAAAUAAUAAUCUAAAAAAUCAGACUGAGGACGGCUCUAUGACACUGCAGAAAUCAAAUACCGAAGACAUUCCCAAGACUCUGACACAAAUGUACACACACUUUCUCCGCUUUCAGAUCCAUCAGAGCCGCCGAAAGUAUAAAGGAGAAUACAGACCAGAUGUUUCCUGGGAUAAAGAUGCCAUACUUUCACUGGGAAAACUGGCAUUUCAUCAGCUGGAAAAAAACAACCUGAUCUUCUAUGAGACAGACCUGAAGGACUGUGGUAUUGAUGCCUCUAAAGCAUCAGAUUACUCAGGCAUGUGUACACAGAUCUUUAAGGAGGAAACGGGAAUCAUUAUUGGUACCAUGUACUGCUUUGUUCACAUGAGCAUUCAAGAGUUUAUUGCAGCCCUUUAUGCACAUCUGUUUCUAGACGACAGCAAGAAAAGUGUGUUUAAUCAAGAGUCUACAGAACAGGAAAACCGAAAUGAAACCAUGAUUGAUUUGCUGAAAGCUGCAGUUGACAAAGCGCUCGCAAGUGACACUGGACAUCUGGAUCUUUUCCUUCGAUUCCUUCUUGGUCUUUCACUUGAGUCUAAUUAUCCACUCGUACGAGGUCUGUUGACACAGCAAGACAGAAAUGACCAGAGCAACAAGGACAUAGUUCAGUACAUCAAGAAAAAGUUAGGAGAAAAUUUAUCUCCAGAAAGGUCCAUUAAUCUGUUCUACUGUCUGAAUGAACUGAACGACCAAACUCUGGUUAAAGACAUUCAAACACAACUUAGAGAAGGAAGUCUCUCAUCUGCUGACCUUUCACCUGCCCAGUGGUCUGCUGUGGCUUUUGUGUUGUUGACAUCAGAGGAAGAGCUGGAAGACUUUGAGCUUGAGAAAUUCAAGAAAUCAGACGAGUGUCUCAAGAGACUAUCAGCGGUCAUCAAAUCCUCCAAAAGAGCUCUGCUAAAUGACUGUAACUUGACACACAAAAGCUGUUCGGCUCUGGCUGCAGUUCUUAAAUCAGAUUCCAGUCUGAAAGAGUUGAACAUGAACAAUAAUAAUCUGCAGGAUUCAGGAGUGGAGCUGCUCUACACUAGACUGGAGACUGCGAAGUGUAAAUUGGAGACACUUUGGCUCAGUAAGUGUGAUCUAACAGAACAAAGCUGUUCAGCUCUGGCUUCAGUUCUCAGUUCAGACUCCAGCAUUCUGAAGGAUCUUGACCUGAGCAAUAAUAAUCUGCAGGAUUCAGGAGUGAAACUGCUCUGUGGUGGACUGAAAAAAAACUGUAAACUGGAGAAACUCAGCCUUUCAGACUGCAGUAUCACAGAAGAAGGUUAUAAAGCUCUGGCUUCAGCUCUGAGAUCAAACCCUUCACACCUGAUAGAGCUGGAUCUCACAGGAAAUGAUCCUGGACAAUCAGGAGUGAAGGAGCUCGAUGAUCUACUACAGGAUGAACAUUGUAAAUUAAAGACCAGGUUUCUGAAAAGUCAAUCUGCACAGGAAGCGUGUGACCAUCUCACUAAAGUUCUGGGUAAAAGUCCAUUAUUACUGACAGAACUGGAUCUGAGUGAAGAUAAAUUAGGAGAUCUGGAUGGAGAGAAGCUCUCUGCUCUCUUGAUGGACUCUCAUAGCAAAGUGGAGAAAAUCAAGCUGAAUAAUUGUGAUCAGACAGAGAAAAGCUGUUCAGUUCUAGCUACUGUUCUCUCCUCUAAAACCGUCCUGAAAGAGCUGAACCUGAACAACAGCCGUCUGCUGGACUCAGGAGUCAAACAGAUCUGUGAGGGACUGAAGAAAACUAACUGUGAACUGAAGAUACUCAAACUUUCAGACUGCAGUAUCAGAGAAGAAGGUUAUAAAGCUCUGGCUUCAGCUCUGAGAUCAAACCCUUCACACCUGAUAGAGCUGGAUCUCACAGGAAAUGAUCCUGGACAAUCAGGAGUGAAGGAGCUCGAUGAUCUACUACAGGAUCAGAAGUGUUCACUGAAAACACUGAGGUUUUUGGGUCCUGCUGCAGAUGAAGCCUGUCAGUAUGUGAGUGGAAUUGUGGGUAAUAACCCGUUACUCCUGAGAGUACUGAAUCUGAGUGAACGUGAACUAGGAGACACACAAGUGAAUCAGAUCGCUGCUCUCCUGCAGGAUAAACACUGUAAACUCAACACACUGAUGCUGCGUAAGUGUGGUCUAACAGAGGAAAGCUGUUCAGCUCUCGCUACAGUCCUGAGAUCAAACUCCAGUCUGAAAGAGCUUGACAUCAGCAACAAUAAUCUGCAGGAUUCAGGAGUGAAGAAACUCCAGAACGGAUUAGAAAAUACAGACUGCACACUGGAGAAACUCAGCCUUUCAGACUGCAGUAUCACAGAAGAAGGUUAUAAAGCUCUGGCUUCAGCUCUGAGAUCAAACCCUUCACACCUGAUAGAGCUGGAUCUCACAGGAAAUGAUCCUGGACAAUCAGGAGUGAAGGAGCUCGAUGAUCUACUACAGGAUCAGAAGUGUUCACUGAAAACACUGAGGUUUUUGGGUCCUGCUGCAGAUGAAGCCUGUCAGUAUGUGAGUGGAAUUGUGGGUAAUAACCCGUUACUCCUGAGAGAACUGAAUCUGAGUGGACGUAAACUAGGAGACACACGAGUGAAUCAGAUCGCUGCUCUCCUGCAGGAUAAACACUGUAAACUCAACACACUGAUGCUGAAUAAUACCAGUAUUACAGCAGAAGGUUGUGCUGCUCUGACUUCAGCGUUUAAUUCAAACCCUUCAAACCUGAUAGAGCUGGAUCUGAGUGAGAAUAAACUCGCAAACUCUGGAAUAAAGAAGAUCUGUGUUCUGUUGGAGAAUACACAAUGCAGAUUGGAGAAACUGAAACUUUCCGACUGCAGUAUCACAGAAGAAGGUUAUAAAGCUCUGGCUUCAGCUCUGAGAUCAAACCCUUCACACCUGAUAGAGCUGGAUCUCACAGGAAAUGAUCCUGGACAAUCAGGAGUGAAGGAGCUCGAUGAUCUACUACAGGAUCAGAAGUGUUCACUGAAAACACUGAGGUUUUUGAGUCCUGCUGCAGAUGAAGCCUGUCAGUAUGUGAGAGGAAUUGUGGGUAAUAACCCGUUACUCCUGAGAGAACUGAAUCUGAGUGGACGUGAACUAGGAGACACACGAGUGAAUCAGAUCGCUGCUCUCCUGCAGGAUAAACACUGUAAACUCAACACACUGAUGCUGAAUAAUACCAGUAUUACAGCAGAAGGUUGUGCUGCUCUGACUUCAGCGUUUAAUUCAAACCCUUCAAACCUGAUAGAGCUGGAUCUGAGUGAGAAUAAACUCGCAAACUCUGGAAUAAAGAAGAUCUGUGUUCUGUUGGAGAAUACACAAUGCAGAUUGGAGAAACUGAAACUUUCAGACUGCAGUAUCACAGAAGAAGGUUAUAAAGCUCUGGCUUCAGCUCUGAGAUCAAACCCUUCACACCUGAUAGAGCUGGAUCUCACAGGAAAUGAUCCUGGACAAUCAGGAGUGAAGGAGCUCGAUGAUCUACUACAGGAUCAGAAGUGUUCACUGAAAACACUGAGGUUUUUGAGUCCUGCUGCAGAUGAAGCCUGUCAGUAUGUGAGUGGAAUUGUGGGUAAUAACCCGUUACUCCUGAGAGAACUGAAUCUGAGUGAACGUGAACUAGGAGACACACGAGUGAAUCAGAUCGCUGCUCUCCUGCAGGAUAAACACUGUAAACUCAACACACUGAUGCUGCGUAAGUGUGGUCUAACAGAGGAAAGCUGUUCAGCUCUCGCUACAGUCCUGAGAUCAAACUCCAGUCUGAAAGAGCUUGACAUCAGCAACAAUAAUCUGCAGGAUUCAGGAGUGAAGAAACUUCAGAACGGAUUAGAAAAUACAGACUGCACACUGGAGAAACUCAGCCUUUCAGACUGCAGUAUCACAGAAGAAGGUUAUAAAGCUCUGGCUUCAGCUCUGAGAUCAAACCCUUCACACCUGAUAGAGCUGGAUCUCACAGGAAAUGAUCCUGGACAAUCAGGAGUGAAGGAGCUCGAUGAUCUACUACAGGAUCAGAAGUGUUCACUGAAAACACUGAGGUUUUUGGGUCCUGCUGCAGAUGAAGCCUGUCAGUAUGUGAGUGGAAUUGUGGGUAAUCACCCGUUACUCCUGAGAGAACUGAAUCUGAGUGGACGUGAACUAGGAGACACACGAGUGAAUCGGAUCGCUGCUCUCCUGCAGGAUAAACACUGUAAACUCAACACACUGAUGCUGAAUAAUACCAGUAUUACAGCAGAAGGUUGUGCUGCUCUGACUUCAGUGUUUAAUUCAAACCCUUCAAACCUGAUAGAGCUGGAUCUGAGUGAGAAUAAACUCGAAAAUUCUGGAAUAAAGAAGAUCUGUGUUCUGUUGGAGAAUACACAAUGCAGAUUGGAGAAACUGAAACUCUCAGACUGCAGUAUCACAGAAGGAGGUUAUAAAGCUCUGGCUUCAGCUCUGAGAUCAAACCCUUCACACCUGAUAGAGCUGGAUCUCACAGGAAAUGAUCCUGGACAAUCAGGAGUGAAGGAGCUCAAUGAUCUACUACAGGAUCAGAAGUGUUCACUGAAAACACUGAGGUUUUUGGGUCCUGCUGCAGAUGAAGCCUGUCAGUAUGUGAGAGGAAUUGUGGGUAAUAACCCGUUACUCCUGAGAGAACUGAAUCUGAGUGGACGUGAACUAGGAGACACACGAGUGAAUCAGAUCGCUGCUCUCCUGCAGGAUAAACACUGUAAACUCAACACACUGAUGCUGAAUAAUACCAGUAUUACAGCAGAAGGUUGUGCUGCUCUGACUUCAGUGUUUAAUUCAAACCCUUCAAACCUGAUAGAGCUGGAUCUGAGUGAGAAUAAACUCGCAAACUCUGGAAUAAAGAAGAUCUGUGUUCUGUUGGAGAAUACACAAUGCAGAUUGGAGAAACUGAAACUUUCAGACUGCAGUAUCAGAGAAGAAGGUUAUAAAGCUCUGGCUUCAGCUCUGAGAUCAAACCCUUCACACCUGAUAGAGCUGGAUCUCACAGGAAAUGAUCCUGGACAAUCAGGAGUGAAGGAGCUCGAUGAUCUACUACAGGAUCAGAAGUGUUCACUGAAAACACUGAGGUUUUUGGGUCCUGCUGCAGAUGAAGCCUGUCAGUAUGUGAGAGGAAUUGUGGGUAUAAACCCAUUACUCCUGAGAGAACUGAAUCUGAGUGAACGUAAACUAGGAGACACACGAGUGAAUCAGAUCGCUGCUCUCCUGCAGGAUAAACACUGUGAACUCAACACACUGAUGCUGAAUAAUACCAGUAUUACAGCAGAAGGUUGUGCUGCUCUGACUUCAGUGUUUAAUUCAAACCCUUCAAACCUGAUAGAGCUGGAUCUGAGUGAGAAUAAACUCGCAAACUCUGGAAUAAAGAAGAUCUGUGUUCUGUUGGAGAAUACACAAUGCAGAUUGGAGAAACUGAAACUUUCAGACUGCAGUAUCACAGAAGAAGGUUAUAAAGCUCUGGCUUCAGCUCUGAGAUCAAACCCUUCACACCUGAUAGAGCUGGAUCUCACAGGAAAUGAUCCUGGACAAUCAGGAGUGAAGGAGCUCGAUGAUCUACUACAGGAUCAGAAGUGUUCACUGAAAACACUGAGGUUUUUGGGUCCUGCUGCAGAUGAAGCCUGUCAGUAUGUGAGUGGAAUUGUGGGUAAUAACCCGUUACUCCUGAGAGAACUGAAUCUGAGUGGACGUGAACUAGGAGACACACGAGUGAAUCAGAUCGCUGCUCUCCUGCAGGAUAAACACUGUAAACUCAACACACUGAUGCUGCGUAAGUGUGGUCUAACAGAGGAAAGCUGUUCAGCUCUCGCUACAGUCCUGAGAUCAAACUCCAGUCUGAAAGAGCUUGACAUCAGCAACAAUAAUCUGCAGGAUUCAGGAGUGAAGAAACUCCAGAACGGAUUAGAAAAUACAGACUGCACACUGGAGAAACUCAGCCUUUCCGACUGCAGUAUCACAGAAGAAGGUUAUAAAGCUCUGGCUUCAGCUCUGAGAUCAAACCCUUCACACCUGAUAGAGCUGGAUCUCACAGGAAAUGAUCCUGGACAAUCAGGAGUGAAGGAGCUCGAUGAUCUACUACAGGAUCAGAAGUGUUCACUGAAAACACUGAGGUUUUUAAGUUCUGCUGCUUAUGAAGCCUGUCAGUUUAUGAACAGAGUUCUGGGUGAAAAUCUGUUACUCCUGAGAGAUCUGAAUCUGAGUAAAUGUGAACCUUUAGGAUUGAAGAAACUUGCUGCUGUUCUGCAGGAUAAACACUGUAAACUCAACACACUGUCUCUCAAUAUCAGCGAAAUCACAGAUGGAGAUUGUCGUGUUCUGACUGAAGCUUUAAAUUCAAACCCGUCAAAUCUGAGAGAGCUGAAGCUGAGUGGGACUGAACUGAGAGACUCAGGAUUGAACAUCUUCUCUGCGCUCUUCAAGAAUGAACAGUGUCAACUGAAAAAGCUGAAGUUUAACUGCAGCAGUAUUACAGCAGAAGGUUGUGCUGCUCUGACUUCAGCCUUUAAUUCAAACCCUUCAAACCUGAUAGAGCUGGAUCUGAGUGAGAAUAAAUUUGGCAACUCUGGAGUAACAGAAAUCUCCACUCUACUGGGAAAUUCACCGUGUACACUGCAGAUACUCAGACUCUCAGACUGCCGUAUCACAGAAGAAGGUUAUAAAGCUCUGGCUUCAGCUCUGAGAUCAAACCCUUCACACCUGAUAGAGCUGGAUCUCACGGGAAAUGAUCCUGGACAAUCAGGAGUGAAGGAGCUCGAUGAUCUACUACAGGAUCAGAAGUGUUCACUGAAAACACUGAGGUUUUUGAGUCCUGCUGCAGAUGAAGCCUGUCGGUAUGUGAGAGGAAUUGUGGGUAAUGACCCGUUACUCCUGAGAGAACUGAAUCUGAGUGAACGUGAACUAGGAGACACACGAGUGAAUCAGAUCGCUGCUCUCCUGCAGGAUAAACACUGUAAACUCAACACACUGAUGCUGAAUAAUACCAGCAUUACAGCAGAAGGUUGUGCUGCUCUGACUUCAGCGUUUAAUUCAAACCCUUCAAACCUGAUAGAGCUGGAUCUGAGUGAGAAUAAACUCGCAAACUCUGGAAUAAAGAAGAUCUGUGUUCUGUUGGAGAAUACACAAUGCAGAUUGGAGAAACUGAAACUUUCAGACUGCAGUAUCACAGAAGAAGGUUAUAAAGCUCUGGCUUCAGCUCUGAGAUCAAACCCUUCACACCUGAUAGAGCUGGAUCUCACAGGAAAUGAUCCUGGACAAUCAGGAGUGAAGGAGCUCGAUGAUCUACUACAGAAUGCGCACUAUAAUUUGAAAACCAUCAGGUUUCUGAAAAGUGCUGCUGCACAGGAAGCGUGUGACCAUCUCACUAAAGUUCUGGGUAAAAGUCCAUUAUUGCUGACAGAACUGGAUCUGAGUGAAGAUAAAUUAGGAGAUCUGGAUGGAGAGAAGAUCUCUGCUCUCUUGAUGGACUCUCAUAGCAAAGUGGAGAAAAUCAAGCUGAAUAAUUGUGAUCAGACAGAGAAAAGCUGUUCAGUUCUAGCUACUGUUCUCUCCUCUAAAACCGUCCUGAAAGAGCUGAACCUGAACAACAGCCGUCUGCUGCACUCAGGAGUCAAACAGAUCUGUGAGGGACUGAAGAAAUCAACACUGAAGAUACUCAAACUUUCAGACUGCAGUAUCACAGAAGGAGGUUAUAAAGCUCUGGCUUCAGCUCUGAGAUCAAACCCUUCACACCUGAUAGAGCUGGAUCUCACAGGAAAUGAUCCUGGACAAUCAGGAGUGAAGGAGCUCGAUGAUCUACUACAGGAUCAGAAGUGUUCACUCAAAACACUGAGGUUUUUGGGUCCUGCUGCAGAUGAAGCCUGUCAGUAUGUGAGAGGAAUUGUGGGUAAUAACCCGUUACUCCUGAGAGAACUGAAUCUGAGUGGACGUGAACUAGGAGACACACGAGUGAAUCAGAUCGCUGCUCUACUGCAGGAUAAACACUGUAAACUCAACACACUGAUGCUGAAUAAUACCAGUAUUACAGCAGAAGGUUGUGCUGCUCUGACUUCAGCGAUUAAUUCAAACCCUUCAAACCUGAUAGAGCUGGAUCUGAGUGAGAAUAAACUCGCAAACUCUGGAAUAAAGAAGAUCUGUGUUCUGUUGGAGAAUACACAAUGCAGAUUGGAAAAACUGAAUCUUUCAGACUGCAGUAUCACUGAAGAAGGAUAUAAAAGUUUGACCUCAUCUCUGAAAUCAAACCCUUCACACCUGAUAGAGCUGGAUCUCAGAGGAAAUGAUCCUGGACAAUCAGGAGUGAAGGAACUCAAAGAUUUGCUGCGGCUUGAAUGUUGUAAAUUAAAGAUCAUCAGGUUUUUGAAAAGUGCUGCUGCACAGGAAGCGUGUGACCAUCUCACUAAAGUUCUGGGUAAAAGUCCAUUAAUACUGACAGAACUGGAUCUGAGUGAAGAUAAAUUAGGAGAUCUGGAUGGAGAGAAGAUCUCUGCUCUCUUGAUGGACUCUCAUAGCAAAGUGGAGGAAAUCAAGCUGAAUAAUUGUGAUCAGACAGAGAAAAGCUGUUCAGUUCUAGCUACUGUUCUCUCCUCUAAAACCGUCCUGAAAGAGCUGAACCUGAACAACAGCCGUCUGCUGGACUCAGGAGUCAAACAGAUCUGUGAGGGACUGAAGAAUCCUGUGUGUCAGCUGAAGAUACUCAAACUUUCAAACUGCAGUAUCACAGAAGAAGGUUAUAAAGCUCUGGCUUCAGCUCUGAGAUCAAACUCACACCUGGCAGAGCUGGAUCUCACAGGAAAUGAUCCUGGACAAUCAGGAGUGAAGGAGCUCGAUGAUGUACAACAGAGUUGGUGGAAUCGGCUGAAAACACUGAGGACUACAACUCUGGUCUUGAAGUUUUUGGGUCCUGCUGCAGAUGAAGCCUGUCAGUAUGUGAGAGGAAUUGUGGGUAAUAACCCGUUACUCCUGAGAGAACUGAAUCUGAGUGGAUGUAAACUAGGAGACACACGAGUGAAUCAGAUCGCUGCUCUCCUGCAGGAUAAACACUGUAAACUCAACACACUGAUGCUGCGUAAGUGUGGUCUAACAGAGGAAAGCUGUUCAGCUCUCGCUACAGUCCUGACAUCAAACUCCAGUCUGAAAGAGCUUGACAUCAGCAACAAUAAUCUGCAGGAUUCAGGAGUGAAGAAACUCCAGAACGGAUUAGAAAAUACAGACUGUACACUGGAGAAACUCAGACUUUCAGACUGCCGUAUCACAGAAGAAGGUUAUAAAGCUCUGGCUUCAGCUCUGAGAUCAAACCCUUCACACCUGAUAGAGCUGGAUCUCACAGGAAAUGAUCCUGGACAAUCAGGAGUGAAGGAGCUCGAUGAUCUACUACAGGAUCAGAAGUAUCAACUCAAGACACUGAGGUUUUUGAGUCCUGCUGCAGAUAAAGCCUGUCAGUAUGUGAGAGGAAUUGUGGGUAAUAACCCGUUACUCCUGAGAGAACUGAAUCUGAGUGGACGUAAACUAGGAGACACACGAGUGAAUCAGAUCGCUGCUCUACUGCAGGAUAAACACUGUAAACUCAAAACACUGAUGCUGAAUAAUAGCAGUAUUACAGCAGAAGGUUGUGCUGCUCUGACUUCAGCGUUUAAUUCAAACCCUUCAAACCUGAUAGAGCUGGAUCUGAGUGAGAAUAAACUCGAAAACUCUGGAAUAAAGAAGAUCUGUGUUCUGUUGGAGAAUACACAAUGCAGAUUGGAGAAACUGAAGCUGCGUAAGUGUGGUCUAACAGAGGAAAGCUGUUCAGCUCUCGCUACAGUCCUGAGAUCAAACUCCAGUCUGAAAGAGCUUGACAUCAGCAACAAUAAUCUGCAGGAUUCAGGAGUGAAGAAACUCCAGAACGGAUUAGGAAAUACAGACUGCACACUGCAGAAACUCAGACUCUCAGACUGCCGUAUCAGAGAAGAAGGUUAUAAAGCUCUGGCUUCAGCUCUGAGAUCAAACCCUUCACACCUGAUAGAGCUGGAUCUCACAGGAAAUGAUCCUGGACAAUCAGGAGUGAAGGAGCUCGAUGAUCUACUACAGGAUCAGAAGUGUUCACUCAAAACACUGAGGUUUUUGAGUCCUGCUGCAGAUGAAGCCUGUCAGUAUGUGAGAGGAAUUGUGGGUAAUAACCCGUUACUCCUGAGAGAACUGAAUCUGAGUGAACGUGAACUAGGAGACACACGAGUGAAUCAGAUCGCUGCUCUCCUGCAGGAUAAACACUGUAAACUCAACACACUGAUGCUGAAUAAUACCAGUAUUACAGCAGAAGGUUGUGCUGCUCUGACUUCAGCGAUUAAUUCAAACCCUUCAAACCUGAUAGAGCUGGAUCUGAGUGAGAAUAAACUCGCAAACUCUGGAAUAAAGAAGAUCUGUGUUCUGUUGGAGAAUACACAAUGCAGAUUGGAGAAACUGAAACUUUCAGACUGCAGUAUCACAGAAGAAGGUUAUAAAGCUCUGGCUUCAGCUCUGAGAUCAAACCCUUCACACCUGAUAGAGCUGGAUCUCACAGGAAAUGAUCCUGGACAAUCAGGAGUGAAGGAGCUCGAUGAUCUACUACAGGAUCAGAAGUAUUCACUGAAAACACUGAGGUUUCUGAAAAGUCAAUCUGCACUGGAAGCGUGUGACCAUCUCACUAAAGUUCUGGGUAAAAGUCCAUUAAUACUGACAGAACUGGAUCUGAGUGAAGAUAAAUUAGGAGAUCUGGAUGGAGAGAAGCUCUCUGCUCUCUUGAUGGACUCUCAUAGCAAAGUGGAGAAAAUCAAGCUGAAUAAUUGUGAUCAGACAGAGAAAAGCUGUUCAGUUCUAGCUACUGUUCUCUCCUCUAAAACCGUCCUGAAAGAGCUGAACCUGAACAACAGCCGUCUGCUGGACUCAGGAGUCAAACAGAUCUGUGAGGGACUGAAGAAUCCUGUCUGUGAACUGAAGAUACUCAAGCUCAGUAAGUGUGAUCUAGCAAAGGAAAGCUGUUCAGCUCUGGCUUCAGUUCUUUCUUCUGGCAGCAACCUGAAGGAUCUUGACCUGAGCAAUAAUAAUCUGCAGGAUUCAGGAGUGAAGCUGCUCUCUGAUGGACUGAAAGAGAAUUGUAAACUGGAGAGACUCGGACUUUCAGACUGCAGUAUCACAGAAGAAGGUUAUAAAGCUCUGGCUUCAGCUCUGAGAUCAAACCCUUCACACCUGAUAGAGCUGGAUCUCACAGGAAAUGAUCCUGGACAAUCAGGAGUGAAGGAGCUCGAUGAUCUACUACAGGAUCAGAAGUAUUCACUGAAAACACUGAGGUUUUUGAGUCCUGCUGCAGAUAAAGCCUGUCAGUUUGUGAGAGGAAUUGUGGGUAAUAACCCGUUACUCCUGAGAGAACUGAAUCUGAGUGGACGUAAACUAGGAGACACACGAGUGAAUCAGAUCGCUGCUCUCCUGCAGGAUAAACACUGUAAACUCAACACACUGAUGCUGAAUAAUACCAGUAUUACAGCAGAAGGUUGUGCUGCUCUGACUUCAGCGUUUAAUUCAAACCCUUCAAACCUGAUAGAGCUGGAUCUGAGUGAGAAUAAACUCGCAAACUCUGGAAUAAAGAAGAUCUGUGUUCUGUUGGAGAAUACACAAUGCAGAUUGGAGAAACUGAACCUUUCAGACUGCAGUAUCACAGAAGAAGGUUAUAAAGCUCUGGCUUCAGCUCUGAGAUCAAACCCUUCACACCUGAUAGAGCUGGAUCUCACAGGAAAUGAUCCUGGACAAUCAGGAGUGAAGGAGCUCGAUGAUCUACUACAGGAUGAACGCGAUGCAUUAAAGACCAUCAGGUUUUUGAAAAGUUCUGCUGCACAGGAAGCAUGUGACCAUCUCACUAAAGUUCUGGGUAAAAGUCCAUUAUUACUGACAGAACUGGAUCUGAGUGAAGAUAAAUUAGGAGAUCUGGAUGGAGAGAAGCUCUCUGCUCUCUUGAUGGACUCUCAUAGCAAAGUGGAGAAAAUCAAGCUGAAUAAUUGUGAUCAGACAGAGAAAAGCUGUUCAGUUCUAGCUACUGUUCUCUCCUCUAAAACCGUCCUGAAAGAGCUGAACCUGAACAACAGCCGUCUGCUGGACUCAGGAGUCAAACAGAUCUGUGAGGGACUGAAGAAAACUGUCUGUCAGCUGAAGAUACUCAAACUUUCAGACUGCAGUAUCAGUGAAGAAGGUUAUAAAGCUCUGGCUUCAGCUCUGAGAUCAAACCCUUCACACCUGAUAGAGCUGGAUCUCACAGGAAAUGAUCCUGGACAAUCAGGAGUGAAGGAGCUCGAUGAUCUACUACAGGAUCAGAAGUGUUCACUCAAAACACUGAAGGAAGGCGUGAUGAAAUAAUGCAACAAAAAUAAGCAGACAAAUUAUUUAUAGAUUUAUUAAUGAACCCUCUUGGGUUGAAAUUUGUGCUGGUGCGUUUUGCUGGAUUUUUUUCACAUAGCAGCAAAAUAGACUUAUGGUCAUUGAGACAAAAGAAAUGUGAAAAAAUAAACAGUAAAAACUGUGGUCACGAAAAAUCCCUGGAUGUCUUUCGAAAGAGUAGGGGUGUGACCAUCAUGACCAUUUGUGACCAAAGAGUAGGGUCUCUGUCCAUCAUGGCCAUCAUGGCCUCCUAAUCAUCCCCAUGUAAAUACCCAUUGUCUCCUCUCCACCAGUAGC